GUAUUGCGUUAAGCUUAUUCGCUCUGUGUUUGUUUAGUUCUGCCUGGGAAAGUUUUCUUACAUCAUCAACCUCCCCGAGGCGGAUGUAUCGUGAGUUGCUGUAACCUGCGAGCCAAAGAGGGUCACCUUUAAUGUUUAUGUGAUUCCAGCUCAUUCCUGGUGGAUUCAGAUUGAAUUUCGCAGGGCUUUCCCGGAUGUUACGGCGGUUUUCGUCGCUGCUGUUUGCGCUCCAGGUGGCCGUCGGCGCAGACGAUAGUGACAGGCAGCAGCAGGGUGUUGGGAGCUGGUUAGUGAUAAGAGAUAAACUGGGUGAAAGGCGGCUGUCAGGGGCUGAUAAAGUCUACAAUAACGGUCUAAAAGACCCCGCAAUGUAGCGACGACAAGCGUCACUGCUGAGGAUAUGGAGUGCUGAGGGACUCUGCUUCGAGUGGACCGAAUCAGAACCACGUCGACGCUGUCAGUUAAUCAGUCAGCGGUUCUGAAUGUCUCUGUGAGACAUCAAUAUAAUCAGAUUUGUUAAAUUACAGUCUCACCGCUGGGACAAUGAGGCUUUUAAUUCGCAUGAACAGGAUGCAUUUAAAUAAAUUAAAGCUGGCCCAGUCCAGGUUGCUGUUCCUGGAGCACCGGGCGACCCUUUCAGCUUCCCACCGGAGGAGGAGGCAGUCCGCCGGGCUGAAGACCUCCGCAUGUCCACCACCCAGUCCCGUCCUCUCGGUCCUGUCCUGCAGCGCGUUUACCAGCGGACUCUCUUCCCUCCGUGGACGGACUGUCGCGCACACACCUGUUGCUUUUGCCAGCUCGUCGGCGGCCUCCACAGCUGCUGAGUCCGCGAAGAGCCAGACGGACGCGGAGAGCCAGCGGACUCCGACCACCGUCCCUGUGGAUGAUGUUAAACGGAUUCUGGAUCUCGCUCACCCGGAGAGAUGGAGACUGGCUGCCGGCAUUGGCUUCCUGACCGUCUCCAGCGCCGUGACCAUGUCGGCUCCCUUCUUCCUGGGCCGAGUCAUAGACACCAUCUACACGUCCGGCGCAGACACGGAGACCAUGACAGCCUCUCUGACGUCCCUCUGCCUCAUGCUGACCGGGGUUUUCCUGUGCGGCGGCGCGGCGAACGCUGCCAGAGUUUACCUCAUGCAAGCGUCAGGCCAGCAGAUAGUCCGUAAUCUCCGAGCCGCGGUUUUUUCCGCUGUCCUCAGGCAAGAAGUGGGUUUUUUUGACAAGAACAGGACCGGUGAGCUCAUCAACAGGUUGUCGUCCGACACGUCGGUGGUGGGCCACUCGAUCACGGACAACCUGUCAGACGGGCUGAGAGCCGUCGCUCAGGCAGUGGCCGGCGUCAGCAUGAUGUUCUAUGUCUCUCCCAAUCUUGCAAGUUUCGUUUUGAUGAUUGUUCCUCCCAUCGCCGUUCUUGCGAUCAUCUAUGGCCGAUACCUUCGCUCCAUCUCCAAACAAACACAAGAUGCGCUUGCACAAGCGACACAGCUGGCAGAGGAGCGGAUCAGCAACAUCCGGACGGUUCGGGCCUUUGGUAAGGAGCUGUCAGAGGUCGACGAGUACACACAGAAGACUGACUACGUCCUGAGCCUGGCCAGGAGGGAGGCCGUCAUCCGAGCCGGGUUCUUUGGCGUGACUGGUCUGAGCGGUAACCUCAUGAUCCUGUCGGUGCUCUACAAAGGAGGCCUCCUGACGGCCAGUCAGCACAUGACGGUGGGAGAGCUCUCCUCCUUCCUCAUGUACACCUUCUGGGUGGGCAUCAGCAUCGCAGGUCUAAGUUCGUUCUAUUCAGAGCUGAUGAAAGGUUUUGGAGCCGGAGCCAGACUCUGGGAGCUGCUGGACAGGAAGCCUGAGUUUCCUCUAAAUGAGGGACGGAUCCUUUCUCUAGAUCAGCUGAAAGGCCAGCUGGAUUUCUCCAAUGUCUCCUUUUCCUACCCGACAAGGAAGGACACUCCUAUUUUUCAGAAUCUGAACCUCCUGGUCCCGGCGGGAACCAUCAUGGCCGUGGUGGGGCCCAGUGGCUCGGGGAAGUCCUCCCUGGUGUCUCUGCUUCUCAGGCUGUAUGACCCAGAUGCUGGUACCAUUACCAUAGACGGUCAUGACAUCAGGGAUCUGAAUCCCUACUGGCUCAGGAAUCGCAUUGGGACUGUCAGCCAGGAACCAGUUUUGUUUUCCUGCUCCAUCAGAGAUAACAUUGCAUACGGCGCCGUCGACCCGGACGCUGUGACCGUUCAGGACAUCCACAGCGCCGCCAGAGCGGCCAACGCCUAUGACUUCAUCCAGAGCUUUCCCAAAGGCUUUGAUACUGUGGUGGGGGAGAAAGGAGUGCUGCUGUCAGGUGGUCAGAAGCAGAGGAUAGCCAUCGCCAGAGCUCUGCUCAAGAACCCAAAGAUCCUGCUGUUAGAUGAGGCCACCAGUGCACUGGAUGCUGAGAACGAGUUCCUUGUUCAGGAGGCUUUGGAGCGGCUCAUGGAAGGGAGGACGGUGAUGAUCAUCGCUCACCGCCUGUCCACCAUCAAGAACGCCGACUCCGUCGCCGUCCUGGACCAGCAGCGGGUGGCGGAGUGCGGCCAGCCCACGGAGCUGCUGGGAAACAGGCAGGGACUGUUCAGGAAGCUGAUGGAGAAGCAGGCGUUUCUCCAGGAAGAACAGCAGCGAGCGCUUCUCUGAGGACAGGAAGAGCAGGAGGGAGAAUGAAAUAUGAGGCGAACUGCAGUUUGAGAACAGAUUUCCUGAGACUGGAUCACAUUUGGACUGAAGCCGGGAUUCAUUUAUUCCUGAACACCGAUUUAAUCUGAGUAAGAUCUGGGGACAAACCUUUUACUCUCUGGAUGUUUGAUUCCUAAAUCAAGCCCUUCCACUUGCUAUGAAACACUUUGUGUAAUCACUUUAUACAAGUCAGCCAAAAACACUGCUAAAUGUAUAUUUAUGUACUGGUGUCUGUAUAACAAAUUAUUUUGAAACUUGAAGCUUUUUACUGCUCUUUUUAGGGCCUAAAUAAAUAUAAGCAGCUAUUUGUGGUUUUUACACUGUACUGAAGACGUUAUUGACCAACAUGUGCUCAUUUGUUUGGAAAGGUUUGGUCUAUAAAUUGUUUUCUAUGUAAAAUUGUCUUCCUUCAACAUCUGCAUUUACAGUUAUUUACAUUUAUUUUGAAGUGGCUCUAUAAAGCUGCUCAACUUGACCGUUUCUACGAAAGCGGGUCGAGUCUCCAAACCGUCGUCAGAAUCAGACGUCGUAAAGCUGCAGUAUGUGACUUUUACAAAAAAUAUAUUUCUUAACAUAUUUGUGAAACUGUCGCUAUUUCAACAGUUUAAUAUGAGACAGAUAAUUUGUGUAAAAAAUUUAGCUCUCUGGUUUCUCCCAGUGAUAACUAGAAACAACCAAUCAGAGCCAGGAGGCGGGUCUUAGCGCUGUCAAUCACCCUCUUUGUGGCGCUAGUAUAGCCUGUGGUGAAUGUUCAGGCUAGCAUGACCUCUGAUGACAGCAGAUAAACAGCUUUCCUACAACAGUGAGUUGUUUAUUUUCCAUUAGCACAUUUAGCAGUGAUUACAUGAGGAUGAUUGACAGCACUAAAACCUGUCUUCUCUGAUUGGUUGUUUUUGGUGAGGAGCUUUUUAAUAAAAGUUAGAUACUGUAGCUUAAAGGUUUUCUGUUGCAAAUUGGAGAAUAGAUGUAUAACAACUGUAUGUCUCUCAGAGAUGUAAAUAUCUCAUCAUGAAAGCCUUUAAUUCUUUAUAAACAUGUCAAAAACCAGUGAACUGUUCAUUGCAAACUAAAUAUUACAGCUGAUAAAGAAAUCCAGACUAAGAAGGAAUAAAUCUCUACAUGAAACAUUUAAAAAGUCUGGAUUAAAUCCCCUCUUUUUUGUAAUAUCUGACUUUUAAAUGAAAACCUAAUUGGAAGCACCAAACAACAUUAUUAUUGCUUUUUUUCCCUCCCCAAAUGCCAUAAGAUUGUUCCCCCUGUGAAGAACUAUAAAAAUAAAACCUCUAGUAUAUAUAUUUAUAGUUGAUUUACAAAACAGGGCAAAAAUAAUUGUGCAUCUUUGAUACAAGUUCUGCCAUCACAGAACCGCUCUGAUCAUUUGUUACCUUUUAAUAUUAAAGUUUUUUUUUUGUUUUUUUUUUUAGUUCAUAAGGGAGCUUGACGUGAAAACUGAGAACAAAUCCAAUGUUGAACUUUCACUAAAUCUUAAUUUUGUGUUUGUUAGUUUGUGGUUUUGUAAAUGUGUAGCCAUUAAAUAUUUAUUGAUUUAAGUUUGUAGAUUGUAUGGCUGCAGAAAAUUAGUCCAGUUUUUGUUUUUUGUUUUUUAUUCAUCAUUUUUGUAGUUUGUUUUACCCUGUUUCAAUUUGAAAGUAUUUUGGUUUAGCCUCUAUUCAGAUUGCAGUUUUCCAUCAUUGUGUUUAUUAAUCCUUUCGCUUUAUGUUUUUAGUUUCCUGUUUGAAGUAAAAUUUCCAACAAGGAAAUAAAAUUGAGUUUAUCUGAUUCACUUCAGGUUAGAAUAAAUUAUCAAAUUGAUUUGUUUGUCAAUGUAGGAUCAAUGUCUGUCACAGGAAGUACAAAUGUGUUCUCUUU